AUGCUCGGAAAUAACGACGACGAAAUAUCAAAAUGCCGGAAGCGAGUCAUAACUCCGGCACGAAAAGAACAGAACCGGGUCGCGCAACGGGUUUAUCGCCAACGGCAAAAAGAGCGCCUGCAGCGAGAAAAGCAGACAGCUAGGCCAUCUAGCACCCUCAGAGUACUACAGCCCACUCCAACUGGAAACGAUGUGCCGACGCAACCUUUCGGUCCGAUGGACUGUUGUACGGCCGAUGUUCCAGGAGUGGAUCCAGAGGUUCGACCGAGUCAAUGCUUGGCACCGAUGAAAUUAACUCUCGACCAUUUCUUUCCCUUGGAGAAAUCCUCUACGACACAAAACGACGAUGUAUAUAUUCAGCUCGUUGAGGAACAUGCAACCAACGAAAAAAUACCAGGCUCAAGUUUCACAUCAGACACGACGCUACCCCAUCUGUACCAGAACACCCUGGAACUGACACACACGAUGCUGCUCCGCGCAUGUCUUCACAAUGCCCAAAGCUUGGGCAUAAGUAUCAAGCAGUUCUUUAGCUAUGAGUGCAUGUCGCUCUGUUCACCGUUUUACAGAGCCAACACGACCAUGGCUGAUGACCCUCAGACCCUCAUCAAGAAUGUCUCGAAUCCAUCUACCCCUACGCACCUCCAACCGACAUUGCCACAGAUCCUCUUUCCUCAUCAUCCGCUAUUAGACCUGCUACCAUUGCCUGCAUUAAGAACCAGAGCGGUCAUGUUAGCUGCUACCGCACCCACACUGAUCGAUGCCGUAGACCUCAAGCGAGAUAUCGUUGGCAACGCAGGUAUUGUGUGUCGGGGCGAACAACCCUGGGAUAUGCAUAGUUGGGUGGCAGCGCCAUGGUUCUUAAAGAAAUGGAAGCUGCUACUAAGUUAA